UUCAAAUAUUAAUGGUGUAACUGCGAAUGCAAGUAGUACGAACUCUAAUGUAGUUGAUGAGAAUGACGAGUUUAGUGAUGAUGAUAGAUGGGAAUUCAAGGCUGCGGAGCCUGAGACACGCUUUGGAACUGGUGAUACUAAGGUUGAAGGCCAGGAACAGGAAAAUCCUAAGGGACCUGAAUUUGGUUUUGGAUUUGGAAAUAGUGUGAAUGGUUCUAGUGAGUUUUUUUGGCACAUCAGUUGGAAUCUCUAAUAAAUCUGGUGAAUGGAACUUAGGAUUUAGUUUCUCCCCUAGUUUUGAAUCUCAAAAGAAGCAGAACGAUACCAAAAAUGUUGAGAUUUCUUCUUCAGUUGGUAAAACUAUUGGUUCUGACGAAAUAUCCUGGGCUUUUAAGGAUGCAACUUCUGGAAAUGGAUCGGAGACUAAGGAAGAGCUAAAGGUUGCUGAUGCUUCCUCUUCUGGGGUAGAAGUUUUUUCAUUUGGCAAUCAUAUCCAGGGGAAUGAGGAUGCUUCAAAGAAAUCCAAAGGAGCGUUUCCCUUGUCCAUCUUUGGUGAUGAAGAAGUUGAAACUGAGGAUCCAUUGAGAUAUGAAGAUAUUUCGAUUAAACAUGACAAUCUAAGGGCUGACAUUAAGGAUACUCAUCCAAAUACAUCUAUCAAUGAUCUGAUAUCAAGUUUAUAUAGUCAAGCUGAUAAAAAGGCUCCUUUAAAUCAGAUAAGCGAACCAAGUGAAAAUGGACUUCUUUCCUCUCAUAUAGUGGUGGGUUCCGACUUAGCAAAUGGCGAUAAUAAUUUUGAUGAUGAUUCAUGGGAAUUUAAAGAUGCCGUUUCUGGAACCAGAGGAGAAAACCGAAAUUCUUCAUUUGGUUUUGGAGAGUCAUACGAAACGUACUCUACCAAAACAAAGCUAAAUGAUUAUGUGGAUUUUUAUUCUAAAUUGACUUCAGAAUUGUGCUUUGUUGCACUUAGCCAUCUUGACAUUAUGAAGAAAGAUAAAAGUAUUGCUGCUCUUUCGGGUGAAGAUUGUGAAGUAAAAGCUAUUGAGAAGGAAAUCCAGGAUCUAUGUAAUGAACUGCAAAAAGAUGACAUAAUAUCAGAAGUGGCCAAGGAGAAUCUCCGUUCAAGAAGUAUUCACCUUGGUGAAUAUGCCAAGGUUCUACAAGAAGAAAAGUUUCAAGUGCUGGAAUCAGAAUAUCAGUUAUCAGAGAAAUUAUCACUGGCAGAGAAAUAUGUGGCAUCAGCAGUUGAACUCUUGGGACAUGCUGCAUCAACAUUAAAGAUUCUAAAAUUGAGGUCAAUUGAGGAUCAAUCCAAUUAUGUAGCAACGUGGUCGAGGAUUUUGUCUGUUUGUGAACUAGAGCUGAAACAAGGUGCUAUGAUUUGGAAGCAGUCAUUACAAAAUAACAUCCACGAUGAAUUAUUAUCUAAACAUCAAGGCAGGCAGUACAUUCUAGCACUUGGAGAGAUUUUCAGAGUUGUCAGAAUUGUCGGAUCUUUGUCCUCCAAACUCUACAAGCCUUGGAUAUUGUUCAGUUCUGAAAAUCACACCAACUUCCUUGCCCUGGUGCGGGAGUGUUUUACUGUGUGGUCAAGUUCAGGACUUGAAGAUGCCCUUCAAAGCCUGACUGAUUCGACUGAUUUAAAAUACGAUGUUGAAGGUUUACUUGGUUCCAUUCGGAUUAUUCAUGAUCCUGAUGCUCGUGAACUCUAUAAACAAGUUUUCUACGGACAAGAACCCACAUGCUGCUUAUCAGGUUUAACUGCUGCAGCAGUGCCAGGCUUGAAAAUGGUGCUUUGGGAUGGACGGCAUUACUUUGUAACCAUUGUCAACUUGUGGGCAAAUUUAAUAAGUCGUGAUCCACCAAAUUUGCCACAAAUACAUGCUUGAAAAUGUUGAUGGCAUGAGAAGACGACAAAGGUACAUUUUCCGAAAGUUUCACGGCAUAAAUCACAUUAAAUCAUUUUUCUGUCCAGGACGAGGCUUCUGGAUUGUAAUCAGAGUUACUCUGGUACAUGGAUUUUACUC